CUAGAGGCCGACAAAAAUCCCCUCAGGGCAAGAAGCGAGUUUGGCUUUCUGUGCAAGUUGCAACCGUGCUGAAGGAAAUUCGUUGAUUUGUAUGAUUUUGAAAGGAUAAUAAACAAUCAUCAUCGCCUUCCCUGCACAUCUGUGAAGUGCCUGCACCGUCUGUCAGCCGCAACCUGUUGGAUGAAAGACGGAGGGGGGGCCUUCAACCUCGUAAUGUUCAACCCACACAUCCACCACCACCAGCAGCAACAACAACAACAGCAGUUCCACCAACACUUGCGGCAGCUACAGCAACUUUUCCAGCACCAGCAACCUCCUCCGCCACCUCCACCUCCGCCGCCGCCGCCACCUCCUCCAACACAGCCGGCCCCAGCUCACCUUGUCGGCCAUCACCACCACCAGACGCAGCGAGGCAUCCCUGUGCCUCCCCAGACAGCCGCCCCUCCCAGGAUGGUCAACCUGUGCCAGGCAACCCAAACCACCCUCAUCAGCCCCAAUCCCAUGCUGCAGGGAGCCUUACUGAUGCAACAGAUGCAGAGUAACAUGCGGGGCUUCGGGAUGGUUGGACAGCAGUUCCGUCAGUUCUUCACAGCGUCAAACAGAUCGUCCCUACUGGGGCCGGUUCCGAUGGGUAUGGCCAUCAAGUCCCCCCUUAUGGGUUUCCCUGCGGCUGCUGCCCGGCCCUUCCACCCGCACCCUCGCUACUACAGUAACACAGCUUCUACCAGCACAGCAUCCACCCCUUCUUCUACCGCCACCAGCACGGAGGCUGCUGCUCAACAACAGGACAGGAAGAGGGACAGCGAGGAGAUGGCAGGCAACGUUACGGAUGACCUUCCGGGGGCGAGCAAGGCGGAUGAGACAGAAACUGAUGUUCCUGGGGGAUUGGUGGAAGGCUCCUCACAGAACUUGGAGGAACAGCUUGACGAGCCUGCAGGGAAGAGGCAGAGAAUGGAGACGGAGAUGUCAGUGGAGCCCCAAGAGCAGCAUGUCGGCACCAGUGCAGAAGGCGACGUUCUCUCAUCAGAGGGUAACACGGAAGGCAAAGAGCCCGAAGAUUGCACCCAUCUGGAUGAAGGAGGCCCGACUGAUGCUGGUGAGGGUCUGGAAGAGAGCCAUUCCGCUGAGGUGUACAGCUGCUCCAGAAUGCAGGCUGACGACACAAAUGACCCUGUGGCAUCGUCGGACAAACAAGACGUAGAGGCUAGUGUUGCAGAGGGCGCCAACAAGUUCUACUGCUACCUCUGCACCAUCACCUGCCACAGUCAGGAAAACUUCCGGAGUCAUAUGAACAGCGUUUCCCACCAGCAGAGGAUGAUGGAGAUUCAGCACAUGAGCAACGCCUGCCUGGUCACCUUGCUGCCACGAGUGCACGAGUCCCUACAGGGGACCAGCAAAGACAGCCAAAGUGAGAAGAAAGCAGACACGCAGCGUUGGUGUGUCACCUGUCGCUCUCACUACGCCACCAGCGUCGCUGACCAUCGACACACAGAGGAGCACAAACUUGCAAAUAGAGCAGCUGUCUCAUCCUGCAGCGUCUGCAAGAAACACUUCAGGACCUCAAAGCUAUUUGUGGCGCACUUGCAGUCCCAGGAACACCGGCAGGGAUUAAAGACGCUUCAGGAAAAGGAGGCCUCUGACACGGCAUCCACACCGACGGAUUUGGAUGGCUUUCAGUUUGAGGAAGAGGACGAGAAGGACAGUGAGGACAUGCAGAGCUGGAAUGACGAAGACUCACUGGAGAACCAGGAUGGUUGGAGCUCCAACAGAGAGGUGACGCUGAAGGACAUGACCAGCGAUGAGCAGUAUGAUCCGGACACUCUUUAUGGUUCAAGCUUCUUCGUGCCAGUGGCUGGUUUCAUCUGCAAAAUCUGCAAAGAGUUCUACCAUUUUGACUCCCCGGCGUUGCACUCGCACUGCAAGUCCUUGAAGCACUUUGAGAACCUCAAGAGACAUAAAGAAAAGUGUGACGACGGUGGAUCCCUCGCUGACGACAACAACCACAGGUCUGCAACGGAAGAAACCGCAGACUGCCCAGGAGAGAACUCCCCCUCCAGCGAUGCAGGGUUUGCAGCAGACAUUGAAAGUGAAGAACACCAGGACAACGCAGAAGAACCUGGACCAACCUCACAGGACUUCAUCAGUGGUAGCACGGAGCUCUGCGAGCCCACUGAGGACCCCAAUGAAGAGGAAGAAGAUGAGCCGGGCGCUACCGCUUUACAGGGAAAUAACAACAAGACGGGGUCGCCCAACACCAGACGGCGGUCCAGGAGGGCCGUAAAGAGACACUGAGGGACCGAUGAGACGUUGUGUGUGUGUCUUUGUGCGACGAGGUGCUGCAUGGGCCCAGGAGUGACCACCCCCUCACCCCGCCCCCAAGCUGCCAUUUAAAUAUACCAUCCAUUGCACGUAUAUGAGAAGAAGCAGUUCCAGGCUUUCACGGACAGAUAGUGUCAUGCCGAGGGGCCUCGGGUUUGACACCAGUGUUGGAGAUGGCCAACGCCCAAUGACACAGUAUUUAUUAAAUGUUGAUGCAUUUCAUAAUCUUCUUUUUAAUAGAGUUGAACUCCCAAGAUUUCAAAUUAUUUGUUCUUUUCUUGUUUUGUUUUUUUUUACGUGGUCAUGGCCCAACAAAGCAUGUACUGUAUCUUCCAACGUCCACAUCUCCCAAAAAAUAUGAGUUUGAGUUCUUACCCAAAAUGCAAAAAAAAAAAUUUUUUUUAAACGUUUAUCACAAAAUGUGGAGAUUAUUGCUGUGUGUUAUUUUGUCAACAAAAAAUUCAGAGAUUUUAUUAUUAUUAUCAUCAUCCAAAUUACAAGUCUGCAUCAUAUUUGUUAUCACAUUUGGAGAUGAGUACAUGCUUUUUGAUAAUUUCUCAUAUUUGCUGUCCAAACAAAAAGCAUGUAUCUGCAAAUGUUAUGUUUUUUUUUCAUUCUGACCUAAAAUACAAAGAUUCUAUUUAUUUUUUUAAUUACAAAAUUUGGAGAUACAUGCUUCAUGUUGUUUCUUCUGUCAUGUGGUCGCUGUUCACAAAAUGCAUAUAUUUCCAAAUUAUGUGUUUGUAAUUUUAUCAAAAUACAAAAAAAUACUUUCAGAUGUAACAAAAUGGAGCUAUGUGCUAUUUGUUGAACAACGAUGAGGAGGAAAGCACAGUGCAUUUUGAAGUAUUGCGAUCAGCACAUCCUGCUUGAAGUGUACGAUAUUCUAACCGGAGACCCAAGUAGUACACUGAAAUAUGUGAAGUACACACUUAUGCAGUAGUGCUGUGAGCAGGUCGUUGCAUCAUUUCGAGGUAUCACAGGUAUCAGAUUGUGGCGUGAGCACCACUGAAUGGCGAGUCUUAUUCGACUGGCACUCGGGAGGUUUAGGGCAUUUCCUGAAAGGGGGUAAGGUGAUGUUUGACUGACAAGGAUGUCAAUCAUAAGUCCUCACUGCACUUGAAUUGUUGAUAAUAGUUCUUGUCCGGGGGAGCAGUUUGAGCUGUCUGAGGCUGCUGCUCAUUUUUUUUAAUGUCUGGACCAUCAGUGAACUGUGAUGUCACUUUCUAUUUGAUGGGGGAGGGGGGUUAAAGCAGUUUAUUUUUUGUCUUCACUGGAGCAAGUUAGCUUAUCUUGCAUUGUAGAUGUUAACACAUUUCAUACUUUUUGGUUAUUUGCUCACAUGUAGCAAAGCUUGUCAUGAUUAGCACAUUUUUUUUUUCAUAGUAUCCACCGGGAGCCGGUAAAGAUCUUUAAAACUAUACAUUGUAGCCCUAAAGUUAGUUUUUAUUGUGUUUUUAUUCAGCUACUGACAAAACUGAAAUCAAGACACGUGGUGUUUUCUAAAAUGCUGGAAGUUUAAUGUAUUUUUGGAUGUUUCAUUUCUCUUUUCCUGCAACAUUUUAAUUUCUAUUAAAAUGUCUGACAAUU